CCACUCCUCCAGCUGUGACGUGUGACCUUUAACCCCUCAGGCUCCCACGUGCUGUGCGAUGGAGGAGAGUAGCCGCGGAAAAAUGCGGAGCACUGAACAGAGAAAAGAGGCGACGAAAGUCCGAGCGAAAACUGUAAAAAAGAGGAGUAAAGAGGAGGAGGAAGAUGAGCAGGACGAGAUCUUCAACUUCAACAAGAAACCUGCUGAGGAGGAGGAGGAGGAGGAUGAAGAUCUGUCAGACAGCGAGGACAGCGUCUACUCAGGACUGGAGGAUUCUGGGAGUGAAAGUGAGGAUACCGGAGACAGUGAGGAGGAAGAGGAGGGAUCUGAUGAUGAUGAUGAAGAUCUGAAGGAGGAAGCAGAGCAGACUCAGCAGAUAGAGGAGGAGGAGGAGGAGGAGGAAGGAACGAGAGAAGAAAAGCAAGAAGACGAGUAUGAACGCGACUCUUCAGAUGAGGAGGACAUCAGGAACACGGUGGGGAACAUUCCCAUGGAGUGGUACAAAGACUUCCCUCACAUUGGUUACGACCUGGACGGGAAGAAGAUCUACAAACCAAUCAGGAACAAGGACGAACUCGAUGACUUCCUGGACAAAAUGGAGAACCCGGAAUACUGGAGAACGGUCCACGAUAAGCAGACAGGAAGUGACAUCGUGCUGUCAGACGAGCAGGUGGAGCUGGUGAAUCGUCUCCAGAAAGGACAGUUUGGAGACGUCAACUUCAACGAAUACCAGCCUCAGGUGGAGUUCUUCAGCAAAGACCUGAUGCUCCACCCGGUCACCAACAGACCGGCAGAUAAGCGCAGCUUCAUCCCGUCUCUCGUGGAGAAGGGGAAGGUGUCCAAACUGGUUCACGCUAUAAAGAUGGGUUGGAUUAAACCUCGACGGCUGGAGGACGACAGCAGGGGGCGCUACUACGACCUCUGGGCCAGCGAGGACUCUUCUAUUCUGGCCAAACACAGGAUGCACCUGCCCGCCCCCAAGGUCCCUCUACCUGGUCACCACGAGUCCUACAACCCCCCACCUGAGUACCUGUUCACCGACGAGGAGCGAGCUCUGUGGGAGCAGCAGGAUCCGUCCGACAGGAAGUUUCCGUUUGUUCCCACGGCGUUUUCCAGCCUCCGCCAGGUUCCUGCGUUUCCUCGUUUCAUCCACGAGAGGUUCGAGCGCUGCCUCGACCUGUACCUGUGUCCCCGACAGAGGAAGAUGAGGGUGAAUGUGAAUCCAGAGGAUCUGAUCCCGAAACUUCCCAAACCGAAAGACCUGCAGCCGUUUCCAACCACACAGUCUCUGGUGUAUCGGGGUCACAGCGGCCUGGUUCGCUCCAUCAGUGUGUCUCCAUCAGGACAGUGGCUCGCUUCAGGUAGUGACGAUGGCUCGGUGAGGUUCUGGGAGGUGCGCUCGUCGCGCUGUAUGAAGACAGUCCAGGUGGGCGGAGCUGUAAAGAGCGUCGCCUGGAACCCAAACCCGUCUGUCUGUCUGCUGGCUGUCGCCCUGGACUCGGUGGUGUUGAUCCUGUCUCCCUGUCUGGCAGACAGACAGGUCGUCUCGUCGUCAGAGCGACUCCUGUCGGAUCAGCAGGACUUGGAGCCAACAGAGGGGGCGGGGCCUGUCACCUGGAGUGACGUGGAGGGGGAGGAGCUGAACCAGGGGAUCCGCCUCAAAAUACAACAUCCCAAAGCUGUCCACCAGGUGGCGUGGCACUCUAAAGGAGACUACCUGGCGUCAGUGAUGCCGGAUCACUCAAGCCACCUUCAGGUGUUUAUCCACCAGGUGAGCCGGAGGCGAAGCCAGAACCCCUUCAGGAAGAACAAAGGUCUGGUCCAGUCCGUGUCCUUCCACCCCAUCAGACCCUACUUCUUCGUGGCGACGCAGCGCUCCGUCCGGAUCUACAAUCUGGUGAAACAGGAAAUGACCAAAAAACUACAGGCCAACUCCAAGUGGAUCUCCAGCAUGGCCGUCCACCCCGGGGGUGAUCAUGUGAUCUGUGGGAGUUACGACUGCAGGCUGAGCUGGUUCGACCUCGACCUCUCAACCAAACCUUACAAGAUGUUGCGACACCAUAAGAAAGCGGUGAGGGGCGUGGCCUAUCACAGACUUUACCCGCUGUUCGCCUCGGCGUCCGAUGACGGAUCUGUCAUCGUCUGUCACGGGACUGUUUACAACGACCUGCUGCAGAACCCGCUGAUCGUCCCGGUGAAGGUUCUGAGAGGUCAUGUGAUCACUCACGACCUCGGCGUCCUGGACGUGACCUUUCACCCCACGCAGCCGUGGGUCUUCUCCUCCGGAGCCGACGCCACCGUCCGCCUCUUCACCUAGCAACGCGCCCGGCGACCAGCUGGAACCUUCUUCUGUCUGUUUUAAUAAACCCUGUGUUGUUACCA